GUUGUCGUGACAUUGUGUUUGUGCCGUUCUCAGAAUGUCGUAUGUCCGCUUGUUUGCCGGACCAUGAUCGCGAUGGUUUGGAGACAUAACUUGGCCACUUUGUUCGUGGUGUGUUGUGGUGGCGUCAUUCAAUGCACGGAAGUACAGGUCAUCAAGGGAGAUAAUCUUACCCUGAGAUGUUCCCUGGAAACUGGCGACCAGGAAGUCACGUGGUCCAAAGAUGGCGGCAUCGCUGCUUCCGUUCAGAUAUACGAGGGCGGAAGUUGUGACUGGGUUUUAACAGAAAAUCAUCGGGGUAAUAUUUGGAUCUCUUGUUCAAAUAACUCGGUGGAUCUGACAGAAUUAGAAUUUACGACUGCCAACUGGUUAUGUACCGAGACACGUAAAAGAAAAUCCAGCGAUCAGAUCAAGGUCACAUUCCAAUACGGCCAAGAUAUCCUGAUGCCGGACCUAAAGGUUGACCUCGAAACAGUGAUCCCUGGCACGACCUUGGCCUUGGACUGCACCGUCAACGUCAACGUUGACCGCGUCAUCUGGUACCACAACGAGGUGAGCGUUGCAGACAUACGACGGAACAUUAAAGGCGAAUGCAAGGUGGUUUGGCACAAGGAUCAACGUUUCUCAACUAGUUGUGAGGGGAACAGGACUAGUCUCCUCAUCAGUGAUGCCAUGACCUCGGACGCACGGAAGUGGUACUGCUACGACUCAACACAUCACAUCAAGAGCAAGAAGGUCAACAUUAACGUUGUCACGGCAACGGAAAUUCCUGUACUUGUUGCGUCACAGAAGGUCGCCAGUUUUGGCAGCCAUUUAAACCUGACAUGUCUACUGCCCUACAUCUCUCCACUGGUCCGCUGGACAUCGGAUGACCAUGACUUCGGGGAUGCAACCGUCCAGUAUAUCGGGGGUUGCAAAUUCACAAGCCAACAGGACCUACCCAGGGGUUUUAAUUACACCUGUGACAAAAAAACGGUGUCUGUUGCAUUCACAGCUCUACCCGCACUCAAUAGAACAAAAUGGCGAUGCCAAGAUCCGUACCGGAAGUUACGAAGUCCGGAAGUGGAAGUGAAGAUCACCCUCCCUUCUGUCUGGCCGACUGACGUUGACAUCAGUGGUAACCGAGGCUCCACGACUGACCACGCCGAGAUGACCAUCACCUGCAUGUGUCACUGUGACCAUCUGUUCGAUUUCCAUUGGCACUACGGGAACUUGACAGCAACAGUCUCCCAUUCCGAGUUCGACUCCACGCAAUAUAGAUGCAGACAGUCGCUGAGGCUUCGGCCUGAUUGGACCUAUGAUGGCCGGACCGUCCGAUGUUUAGUGACCAACACAAACACAGUGAAAGCAAGAUUUGGACAGGUCCAGUUGGAAGUAGAAUAUCCUCCAAUUCCCUCGGUGGCGCUGGAAUUCCUGGCAGACGGUGGAGGAACCGUCGAACCCGUUUUGAUAUGCAGAGUUAGGGCCAAUCCAGGUCACGUGACGUUCAGCGACUGGAAACACAUGUACAAUGGCGAGCUGGUGCGAGAACUUGAAGGUGAACAGCGACGGAUGGAGUCAAGGUUACGUAUCCCCCGACCUUCCUUCAAGGACGAGGGCGUGUAUGUCUGUAGUGUAACUAACAACGCCCUUCGCAAGCUUGGCAGGGAUCCAAUUCCUAGCGAUAUUACGUUUGAGCCAAGGGGAGCUCCGGUAUUUUUGCAAACCAACGUGUUGUCCAAACAAAGGAUAGCAGCAUCAGUGACCUUGACCCAACGUGUAAUUUCGCCGUCGCCGACGUUACGCGUGACGUGGCUUUACAAAGAGGCCAGAUUACUGCUUCCCUACACCGGCUACAGACAAGCAAUUAACAGGUCUAUAGACACGCUUUUGAUUUACACGAAGAGCGUAGAGAAGGAAGUGUUUGAUAUUCAGCUGAUCAUUGAGGAAAUUAACAAGAGGACGUUCGGAGUUUAUGCCUUAGAGGUCUGCAAUGAGCUCGGAUGUAUUAAAUCGGAGGAAAUCUAUAUCAAUUACAUCGAACCGGAGAAACCAGAGGAAGAACCAGACGAGGUAGAGGAAGAUUCAGGGCCAAGUUUGGGGUAUGGUCAGAUCCUCGCCUUCUGCGUGGGCAUCACAGCGCUGCUUCUCUCUAUACUGCUGCUAGUAUGUGUGGUCCGGAGACGGCGGACAUUGGCCAGGCGAGUCAGCAUUACACAAGUGAACCCAGACAUUGUGACUGAAGCAGCCCAGGUCGAGUCUGCAACAGACAGCCAGAAAGAUCUGAGUUGUCGACAACCAGACCAAACAGCGGAAGUAGCAGCAGCGUGACGUCGAGGUUGACGUCGAGAACUCUUUAUUUCAAUCCUUGAAGAUGUUUCUGAAACGUGCCACGUAGUGUUGGUUCAAAACGGUGUCCAUUGACCUACUUCAAAGCGCGCUGAUACCAUCAACACAUGGAACGAGACUUAAGAAAAAUUACAUAUUAGCAGUAAAGUCUGAUGCAUUUCUUCGUUGAUGAAAGACUUUCUUUCAAGGACACAUUUGUUCCAUGCAGCGAGGACACGUGCAGGUUUGUAAUGCACGUGUUUCAUGUGAUGCACGUGCAGAUGUCAAUGCGUUCCAGUGACAUUGAUUUAUCUCACAGGCACGAAAUCUACGAGGCGUCGUACGGGGCUUGGAGUGAGUGAGUUAAAAUUUAGCGUCGCAUCGGCAUUAUAUCAGCCAUAUAGCGACAUGGGGCUGUGUGAUACAACAAGAUGGUCGGUGUUUCACGGAACUAAACAACCAUAUGUAGCAGGGCGUGGAGUCAUCCAACAGAUGACAUCCUUACCUUGUCAGCUUGCUGACGGGGUUAACCUCUUUGGUCAUGUGGACAAGGCGUCCGACCUCGGAUCAGAAGGUCCGUGGUUCGAAUCCCAUGACGUACAUGAUCAAAAUCAUAUAACUACAUUCAAUUUUCACUUUACCUGGUCUGUCUUCCGUCGUCUCUUCGUUGUUUGUUUGUUGUUUAACGCCGCACUCGGCAAUAGUCCAGCUGUAUGACGGCGGUCUGUAAUGAAUCAAGCCUCGACCAGACAAUCCAGUGGCUGGUAUUGUGAGAAACGAUCCACGGUGGGUUACGAGGACAAGCAGCCACCGAUCAGGACCCCCGAUACAUGUACUCGCCCCUAACGACCAAGGACCCGUGAAGAUUCCGGGGUAGAAUAGGUCUUCAACAAUCCAUGCUUGCCGUAAAAGGCGACUAUGCUUGUCGUAAGAGGCGACUAACGGGAUCGGGUGGUCAGGCUCGCUGACUUGGUUGAU